GGUGGGGAUAGCUUCUAGUGAGGCGUACAGUCAUGGUGCCUCUUUUCUUAACCGAGAUCAUGCUGGAUGCAUCGACAGUGUCAUCUGCAUUGCUUCUAUUCUUACGACCACCUAUUGUCUACCCCUUUCUUUCUUUCUUUCUUUCUUUCUUUCUUUCUUCUCAGACUGCUCAUCUCUCUCCCGCCUUACCUCGAACUCCCUCAAAAUUUGCUGCGUCCGUGUCGGAAAAUACUCCUACAGCUCCCAAAGAGCCAGAUAUCAAAAAAUUCCUACACCCUGGCCUACAAGAUCAUGAGCGGUAGUUUGAUCUACGCCCCAGACUGGCUUAGGCUACUUGCUUUUUCUGCCCUCUCUAUCCAGUAACAGAGCUUGUUGUAGUGGAUCUGGGGUAUGUAAAUCCAUGUUGCGAAGGCGUUUAUGCUGAGGGUGUGCUGCAAGGAAAGUUUGUUUACAAAUAAAAUGGCGUAGGUUUAUGGAGAGAAAAUAAGUAGAUCCGAAAUUUGUUUGUCACUUCAAU